GCAUACGUCAACACGGUAUCUACCGACGCUGCCGGAGGGUUCCCAUGUUACAUGGAUGGUGCGAUGGCUCAAUAUCUGAAUCAGGUUCACGUUAGAAAGGCACUGAAUGUUCCUGAUUAUGUUCAGCCAUGGGAAGAUUGCAGACCCAUGCCAGAAAUGACCAUAAGUCAUGACUGUUUUACUCUGAUCACUGCACUCAAUAAUGGUCGCAUUCAGGGAGCAGGACAUUUCGUUCCAACAGAUCGUCCAGGCCCAGCGUUACAAAUGAUUACAAACUUCCUUCGCAAUACCGGUAACUACAGUCUGAUGGCACCAUUCAGCAUUCAACGUCAACCACUACUACCUCAAUAUCAAAAAGGAGGUAAAAAUGACGACCUAAUUGUCAAUCUCCCAGGACUUACCUUCCAUCCUGGAUUCAACCAAUAUUCCGGUUUCCUUCCAACAAAGGCCGGANUCAUGACUUAUCGUUUAUAA